CAGAGAGCAAUGGAGAGGGGGAGGACAAGAGAGAUAUUAGAGGAGAAAAUGAAGAUGAAGAGUUAAUAAAAUAUUACAGCAGAGAGAUAAAGGGAAGAGAUUUUUUUCCAUAUUUACUGGAUGUCCACAGAUUUAAUUCUGACAUGAGUGCACAAAUGAGUCCGAGGUGAGCCUUGAGAUGAUGUAUGGCAGGUAGCACGGUUUGCCUUGUUGUGGGCUUAGGUAGGAUGAUGAAGCACAAGUGUUGGCAAUGCUGAGAUGGAAAAGGACAAGAGGAAGUUCAACCUGAGCCGCUUGCUGAGCCUCUACCUGUCCAAAAAGAACAAAGUCCUGGCUGGCAGCCCCGCGCACGGUAACAGCUGCAGAUCGACACCUGCAACAGACAACAGCAGCACUGCUAACACUUUACCUACGCCGAGGAACCACUGGACGGAAGAUGGAGACAUCAAGGAGAUCAACAUCACCCAUGUGGUCAAGGAGGGCUCAGAGAAGGCUGAUGCCUCUCAGUUUGAACUGCUCAAAGUGUUGGGGCAGGGAUCCUUUGGAAAGGUGUUCCUGGUGCGAAAGGUGACCCAUCCUGAUGCCAACCAGCUCUACGCCAUGAAGGUCCUCAAGAAGGCCACACUGAAAGUGAGAGACCGUGUGAGAACCAAGAUGGAGAGAGACAUCCUGGCAGACGUCAACCACCCAUUUGUUGUCAAACUGCACUAUGCAUUCCAGACUGAAGGGAAGUUGUACUUGAUCCUGGACUUUCUCAGAGGAGGCGAUCUCUUCACUAGACUGUCCAAAGAGGUGAUGUUCACAGAGGAGGAUGUGAAGUUUUACCUAGCAGAGCUGGCGUUAGGACUGGACCACCUCCAUAGCCUGGGCAUCAUUUAUAGGGACCUCAAGCCUGAAAACAUUCUCCUGGAUGAAGAGGGACAUAUCAAACUCACAGAUUUCGGUUUGUGUAAAGAAGCCAUCGAUCAUGAGAAGAAAGCUUAUUCCUUCUGUGGUACUGUUGAGUACAUGGCACCAGAAGUUGUGAACAGGCAGGGACACGACCACAGUGCCGACUGGUGGUCAUUUGGAGUACUGAUGUUUGAGAUGUUGACUGGAGCGCUGCCAUUUCAAGGGAAGGACCGCAAGGAAACUAUGAACCUGAUUCUGAAGGCACGUCUAGGAAUGCCUCAGUUCCUGAGCGCAGAGGCCCAGUCUCUGCUCAGGGCUUUGUUCAAGAGGAACCCCGCCAACAGACUGGGGUCUGGUGCUGAUGGUGCAGAGGAGAUCAAACGGCAUGGUUUCUUCUCCACCAUAGACUGGAAUAAACUCUUCAGAAGAGAAGUAAAACCUCCGUUCAAACCGGCGGUGGCUCGUCCAGAUGACACCUUCUACUUUGACUCAGAGUUCACCUCCCGCACUCCUAAAGACUCCCCCGGCGUGCCCCCCAGUGCUGGAGCUCACCAGCUCUUCAGAGGCUUCAGCUUUAUUGCAUCGACUCUGUUGGAGGAGGAAGGUUCAGUGGAGAAGGUCAAGCCCCCGCCGCACCCAGUGGUCCAGUUACACGGGAAGAACCUGCUGUUCAGCGACGGCUACAUACUGAAGGAAGACAUCGGCAUGGGCUCCUUCUCCGUCUGUAAACGAUGCGUCCACAAAGCCACCAACACAGAAUACGCUGUCAAGAUGAUUGACAAGACCAGCACAGACCCCUCAGAGGAGAUUGAGAUUCUGCUUAGAUAUGGACAGCACCCCAACAUCAUAACACUGAAGGAUGUGUACGACAAUGGUAAGCAGGUGUUCAUGGUGACGGAGCUGAUGCGUGGAGGAGAGCUGCUGGAUCGGAUCCUUAAACAGAAGUUUUUUUCGGAGAGGGAGGCCAGCGCUGUGCUUCAUACCAUCACCAAGACUGUAGAGUACCUGCACUCACAGGGGGUGGUGCACAGAGACCUGAAGCCCAGCAACAUCCUCUACGUUGAUGAAUCAGGGAAUCCAGAGUCUAUCAGGAUCUGUGACUUUGGCUUUGCUAAGCAACUGCGUGCCAACAACGGCCUGCUGAUGACACCGUGCUACACCGCUAACUUUGUAGCUCCUGAGGUGUUGAAGCGUCAGGGCUACGAUGAAGGAUGUGACAUCUGGAGUCUGGGAGUCUUACUGUACACCAUGCUGGCUGGUUUUACUCCAUUUGCCAACGGACCUGAGGACACUCCGAAUGAGAUCCUGAACAGGAUAGGCAAUGGUCACUUCAGUCUGACUGGUGGCAACUGGGACACUGUGUCUGAGGCUGCCAAGGAACUUGUGUCCAAGAUGCUUCAUGUGGACCCCCAUCAGAGACUGACUGCUAAGCAGGUCCUCAAACAUCCCUGGAUUGUCCAGAGAGACAAGCUACCCAACAGCCAGCUCCCACACCAGGACCCCAAACUGGUCAAGGGUGCGAUGGCAGCCACCUACUCUGCCCUGAAGAACUCCCAACCAACCCCAGAGCUAAAGCCAAUUGAAAGCUCCUUCCUAGCUCAGAGGCGUGUCAAGAAGCUUCCCUCCACCUCCCUGUAGAGACUCAAAACAACCGCUCGGCUCACUGGAGACUGACCAAAACCGCACCUCCUGGCUCCAACCACCCAGUCAGCUUGCACGGGGACUCAAGUGUCCACCCGCCUCUACCAGCCAAGGAACACUGACUGUGGUCCUGCCCCCAUCUUGUGACAUCAGUUGUCUGCUAUCAUCCUCCUUGUUCGGGCUCGUCAGCUGCUGUCUGCCAGUCCCCUUGGACUAGCAAAAGAUCGUGAAGAUAGCUGGGGGGCGAUGAGGGCAAAAAAAAAAUGGCUGCAGGUUUUUGGCAGAUGUAUUAGUGCUGUGUGUGGGUGUGUGUGCGUAUGUGUGAGUGAGUGUGUUCGUGCAUGACCAGCCCCAGAGACGAUGCAGCCAUGUUUUUCGAUUGUGACAAUGACAGUUUUCUCUCCUCAUCAUUGCUGUGAUUGGUUGUCAUCCAGCUUGCUGCACGCCUGUCCGUCUGCCUGUUUCGUUGUCCGUCUUCUUGUUCUUUUUGUAAAGUUGAUGAGCUUUAUAUUACCGGGUGUGCUGCCAAAAUCAACCUGUGCCGACAGCACAACAACACAGUACUGUCCAACUGCUGUUCAAUGUUUUUUUGAAAGAGCAUUGUUAACAUGAAUAUUAAACAUUUCUGCCAUAAAUGCCUCCUUGGCUUCGGUACAGCCAGGACACGUGGAUUCUGGGAAAUGUCAAAUGCUGAUGUUUUGGUUAAUGUCACUCUAUGCUUGUGUUUUGUUUUACAGAGAGUGUGAGGGUGUGUGUGUGUGUGUGUGUGUAUGUGUGUGUGCGUGUGUGCGCGCGCGCGUGUGUGUGUGUGUGUGUGUGUGUGUGUGUGCUGUCUUGCGGGAUGCUGCAGGGUCAUGUGCAUGGUCCGGUGACGUGAUGAUGUCAUGUGGCUUCCUUGUUUCUCUCUGCUCCCUUUUCUCUGCUUGGUCAACCUGCUGGCAACCAUUUGAGAUGUCUAUUAUUUUUAUUACUACAAAAACUAGUAAAAUAGGUGGCUUUCUGUGAAAGAAAACUUGCCCAAGGAACAAUGUGGCAUGUUAAAAUUCUAUAUUUGCUUUGUUUUCUCGUUUUCUUUUCCACUGUGUUUCUUGGAUAAUGCAUAUUGAAUGCUGUUUCCUGUGUUGGCUGCUUUCGUUGUUGAUCGUUUUGUUUUUUCUUUUUGUCCAAAGAACGUGGUGAUUAAAAAUAGUGAAAGACACGCUGAGCACAUCAUAGUCUGUGGACUUUAAUGCCGUACAGGUCUCUCCUUCUGUUUCGGGAUGUGAAAGGGAGGAGCUUGGCUAACUGUCUGUAUUUGAAGCACUCCAACACAGCCUCUCUCCCCCUUUAAAAACUGUCAGAUCACUGGUUGUUAAUAUCACACAGACCCUCAGCAGUCUCGUGUUUAACUCUUUCAUACGUGGUAUUUAAAUCAUUCCAUUGACUCUGUUGAUUAUAUAUCUUGUUUUCAUUUUAUUGAGCCUCUAUUUGAGACAUCCUGAAGAAGAGUGAGUGUGUGUCAUUGUAAGUAGCUUCACAGGAUAGGUCCUGCUUUCAGCUCGGUGCCUGGGCCUACAGGUGAGGCAGAAUGUCUUACAUGGAUAACACAUGAUGAACAAACCAAACGGCCUGUACGCGUGUAGAAGGGAAGACCUGUGUGGCUAAAUAAUCAAUGAACCAGCUGUCUUACCUCAAAAGGGAUCAAAGUUAUAUUCUAAUUCUUGUUUGGUGGCAAAACUCUCCCUCCUUUGACUAAAUUUAUGGUAAGAUGUUAUUGUAUGAUAAAGAUGAAGAUUUUUAUAUCUUACAAAUAUUAAAAAUUCAGUUGCUACGACAAAAA